AGAUGACAAUUGGCAAGAGCUCCAGGAAAAGCUCAGUGCGGAGCUCCAUCCGGGCCCCAAAGUUUCUGGACAAAUCCAGCGGCUUCUAUGGUCGUCUUGAUGAGCCUGAGACCACCGGAGAAGGGGAGGAGGUGGGCGGGAUUGAAGUGGAGGAAAGGUGGGAUGGGAUGGAUGAUGGCAGCAGAGAGGGGGUAGUUGUAAGCAGCUCGAGCCCAAGUAUGGUGCACAUUCCUGGGGCAGAUGAAAGGGAAGAAGCCGAGGCAUUCGACUUAAAUGAAGGGAUGAUGGAAGACGACGGCGAGAGUCUCCUGCGCAGGAAACCUAGCCGCCGCAGCAGCAGGUGGAGAAGAAGCUCCAGGAGGAAGCAGAAGGAGGAGAGAGCUGAGGAUGACACAGCCAGAGAUGAGAGGCCCAGCCUGGGCACAGAGAGACUAGAUGACAGCCUAGUCCUGGAGGACACCAGGGUGAUGAUUGAGGUAGAGAUGGAGAAACUGAAGAUGAUGGAGGGAGAAAAUGAGAAGGCAGGAAGAGGGAAGGAGCCUGCGCUCGUUCACUUUCCGGUUCGAGAGGAGGCAGACGACCAGGUCCUGAUCAGAGACAAGAGGGGGAGAGAGGAGGAGGGGGAGGAGGAGAGGAGGAUGAAGAGGGAGCAAGAGGAGGGGAUGAAGGUGGUGAAGAGGAAGAAUUACCGCAAGGCCUUGGACAGAGCGUUUCGUCGCGGCUGGGAGGCCUUCAUUACCAACCUCUACAGUGUCACCCUCACGCCUGUGACAUCAUCAUCCUCACCAUCAUCAUCUUCACGUUCAUCAAUGAGGAAAAAGUAGAACUAGAGAGCGACUUGGACAAUUACCCCAAACCAUUUCUAAAUAUCUUGUAUGCUGAAAUCCUGAUGCAGUGUUUCGGACAAUCUCGCCUGUAUGACAUUUACCUUCACUGGGGACUUUUACAGUCACAUGAUGUGUUUCAGUCAUGCAUAAGGCCUCGGAAACAUUUCAAACAAAUUAUUUAUGUUAUUUAGAGUUUUAAUUACUCAGCAUAAAGUUUACUGCCUAGUAAUGCAGAUUGUUAGUUUGACUGUGGGAGCCGAGCUGUUGAUUUUACAGUGAAGUCGAUGUGACUGGCUUGAAUGGAAAAGUUCUGUCUUUAGGUGACUGAGUUCAGCUGCUUCUGGGUCCCUUAUUCUUUGUUGUUAAUUUCAGAUUUUAGCCAGUGGUGUAAGCAAGUCUUAACAUCUUAGCGCCUUACAUCAUGUCCACUAUUAAGAGCUCUGCUUCCUUUGGUUUAGCACUAUGAAACUGGUAAAAAGUGUUGAUGUGUAACCAAAAAAAAAAGGAACAUUUUCAGCGAAUCGCAAUGACUGAUUAGUGGACAUGUGUUCUGGAAAUAUUAACAUUUCUGUAUGUUAAUCAUUGCUUUCUGGCAGCUAAUCAUUAAUGAGAAGAGUCUGGGGGACACACAAAUCACUUCAGAUUUUACCAGUUGUAACCCUUUAAACACGUGGUUUUUCCUAUCUGUGUGUGCACAGAAAUAAUAUAGGACAGCUUGUCUGUUUGACUUCCUCAUGAGAUAAAGUUUAUCUCUCACUGUGUGUUCUUAUGAAGGUCGAUUAACCUGAAGAGACGAGAGACAGGAUAGUGUUUGCAUGUGAGAGAAAGCAAAACUGAAGAAAAUAGUUUAUAGUCAUAAAUCAAUGUCAAAAACAAGACCAAUUGUAUGUCUUUUUAUUGUUACAGUUGCAUCUGCACAUCACACGUGUUUUCAUUUGAAAAGAGUACCCCAACCUAAAGGUCAAAUAGUAUUCAAGAACUAUACUAUAACAGCAACUGGGGACACAUAGACAAAAUCUAAAUGGUCCAGGAGAUUUUCCUAUGAAUCUAUGAUUAAACCCCACUGAAAUGAAAAAUAUAAUGUUUACAAUAAGCCUGCUAUAAUUUCCUGUUGUCCACUACAUAUAUAUAUAUAUAUAUAAAUAAAUUUUAUAUUACCCCAAGUGUGGUUAAUAUAAAUGUGGUAAUUUUUAUAAGAGUCCUUUUUGUAUCCUAAUCAAAGCCUCUGAAGUCAUGGACCAUAACAAGAAGUGCUUGUUAUGUGAGAGUAAAUAAAGACUGAAUAUAUUUUACCAGUUGUAUUUUCAUGUUUAUGUAGAACUGUCACUAUGAAUAUCAAUUGAGCUUUCCAUAUUUUAAUUCGCUCAUGUCAGAGUCAUUAUUA